GUGAUAAAGCUGAAGGCGAUCGGGAAAAGCCAAGGAGGUUGCAGGAGGCUAAAGCACGGAAAACGCCCCGGGGGGGGGCGGGCUGGCUCCGGGCUAAGGAGGAGCCAGCCUAGCCUAACAGAAGAGCCCAGUUGGUUCAGGCCAACGGCCAAGGUGGUCCAUCAUCCUUGUUUUCACGCGGACCAAGCAGAUGCGCUUGGAAAGGGCGCAAGCGGCACCUGAGCCCAAGAGCGUUUUUCCCUACCUGCUCUUUCUGAGCUUUCCUUCCACGGGGGGUGGGGGGACCUUUCCUAGCCUUCUCCUGCAGGAACUGCAACCCCCAAAUCAAAGGAAGAAUCCGAAGUUACAUAUAUAUGAAUAUACCAAAAUGGAAGGAAAAAAGAGAGAGAGAUGGUAUUCAGUCUUUCUAUCUCUGCAUUCACCUGUUUGAGGUCCAUGAGAAGCAGCGGAUGUACAAAGCAAAUGUCCUGGCGUGUUUGUUUAUUUGUGGAAUUUUAUAUCCCACCGUCGCUCUGCAAGGAGCCCCGAGCGGCGUACAGAUACGUGAUUUAAAAGCACAACACGAUAAGCAGAAACAAUUUCCAAACAAGCAACUUAAAAGCAUUUGCAUUUUUUUUUUUUAAGUCCAAAAAUUCUGCUUCCUUGGUGGCUGCAGUGCUCCCGGAUUUUGGAACUCUCUUGUUAGGGAUAAUAAUAAUUUAUUAUUUGUACCCCACCCAUCUGGCUGGGUUUCCCCAGCCACUGGGCGGCUCCCAAUAUAAACACAAUAAGGCAUCAAACAUCAAAAACUCCCCUAAACAGGGAGGCUAGACUGGCUCUCUCCUUGCUGCAGAGGAACACAGCUUCAUUCUGGCAGGCUUUGGGGAACUGAACUCACAGUUGAAGAUCUUAUUGGACAUACGCGGAAUAUUUGAUUAUUUAGUGGUCUUAAGUGCAUGCCCCAAACCAUAGACAGGACUUUUGCAGUAUAAGGUAACUUCACCAGUUCAUAAUGCAGCCCCCAAAAUGGAGCAUAUUUGAUAUUGCUGGUACUCAACAUUUAGUGGGUAAGUUCGGGAGGGGGAGGGGGAAGGGGACACGUCUGAGUUAUAUCAAAACUUCCAUGUAAAAAGUCCAAAGGUUAGAAAGAGGUCGGGGAAACAUGUCAAUGCAACAGUGGACCCUGCCCUCUGCCUGCAGAACUCUUCCGAUGGACAUAGUAAAUGAUUGAUAAAGCGAAGGGGCUCUCGAGUACAUAAAAUACCUGGGUUUGAGGGUUAUAUACUCUGCUGGAAAGGUCGAAGAAUAUACACCAUGUCUGCCUCCGUGCUUCAAGUUGCUACAUGCGUUGUAUUGCUCACAGGUAAGCUUUUAGGCUCUGGCAUCGAAAUGAUUAAUCAACCCUAGUUGUGGAUUGAAAAGAAUAGACAAAGUUCGGUGAAGGAAUUCACAGUUAAGCAAAUAAUAAUAAUAAUAAUAAUAAUUUAUUAUUUGUACCCUGCCCGUCUGGCUGGGUUUCCCCAGCUGCUCUGGGGGCUCUCAACAGAAUAUUAAAAACACGAUAAAAAAACCAAACAUUAAAAACUUCUCUGGGUGCGCCCUUCAGUCCUCCGGAUUCACUUUCCGUGAGAGAGUAUAAGAGAGCAUGUAGAAAAAGAGCCGUAGAGGAACUUAAAAGCAGAUUUCAUUUUCAUGUGGCAUCCUGUAAUGCUGGCGAAGCAUUAUCUUUUAAUUGAAAUACUUCUGUGGUCAGAAUGAAGAAGUGUUGCUGAGCUCUUUUGUAUGUUGCACUUAGUAACAUUAGAACGGUAGUGUUGGGAAGGGUUCUUAAAAGCCUAAUACAGCCUCAUCCACCCAGUGAUUCAGGACAUCUGCUGCUUUAGCAUUCCUGCCAGGUAGACAUCCAGCUUCUGCUUAAGAAUCUGUAAAGAUGAAGAGUCCACCACCUUCGAGACACAGCAUGCCAAAGUCAUGACUCUCUUAUAGAAAUUGGUGGUGCAGCUGCACUUGGAGCCCUGGGUACAGGUCUGGGUGCAGCUCCUCAAAUGUUGGAAAAGGAGCAGAACAGGGCAAGCCAAAUGGUCAAGGGUCUGGAGGAACGUCUCUGUGAGGAAGCAUACAACACUUGUGGCUGUUUAGCUUAGAAACGAGGCAAAUAAGGGGACACACGGGCGUGGAGAAAGUGGACACAGAAAAGUUUUUCUUCCUCUCUGCAUUUUAAAUUGCAUUUUAACCUGUAUUUUUUUUCCUUAUUAUGUUUUUACUGAAAAUUUAUUGAUGUUAGCCGCCCUGAUCCCGGCGCUGGCCGGGGAGGGCGGGAUAUAAAUAAAAAUUUUUUUUAUUAUUAUUAUACUUGGACCUGGGUCCAUUGUUUUGUUUAUUUGCUUCACAGAACGUAUAUACAGCUUGAUUGUGAGAAAGCCUCUGAGCAUUUUACAGAAACCUAACAUACAACAUUAAAAAUUAUCAAUAAAAACAGGUAUUUAAAAAUAUACAAAAGACAAUUAAAGUCAACAGCGGCUAAAAAGGAAGAGAACGCAUGGAUAGACAUGCCUGAACAAGCAGAUGCAGGAAAGAGUACAGUGAAGAUGCUGGUCUGAUAUCAAUAGGCAGGGAGUUCCAAAGGACAGAUGCUGCCACGCUAAAAUACCGAUUUCUUACAAGUGUGGAGCAAGUAUUGUGUAGCACCUGUGACAGAGCCAGUUCUGCAGUUUGAAGUAGUCAAAGGGUGGGGGGGUGGGGGGGUGGGGGUGGAUAUGGGCUUAGGAUCUCCAUAAACCCACAGCACAGAUCCUGCAGAGCAUCUUCAUUCAGUUGACUUCGCUUCCUGCUAUGCUCCUGGGGUUACAUGGAGUAGGUAAAAACAAAUAAGUGGGAGCAAAAUUCUACAUGUGUUGGUAUCAGAACACAUACGUUGCGUAUGGAUACAUGUGCCUUAACCAACACCUCCCCUUGUUGCUGCUGCUUUCCCCUGACUGGAAAACUGCUCUUAAGCGCUCAAUUGGAGCAAGCAGCAAUUCCGAGUUUUCUCUGGAUUAACGUUUGCUCCGAUUUAGCACUAAAGAGUGGGUUUCCCCUGGGAAACGGGUGGGGCAGGAGGAAAACUGCUUGGACCCUCGCCUGGAAAGCACAGGUUGAGCAGAAAGCCCCUCGGAGCUGUGAUUUCUGGGCAUGGGACGAGCGGAUGUUUGGGCAAGCCCUUCGUGCAGAUUCACAUUGGAACCUAUCCAGGCAGUUUAAAUCGCUCAACUCCAUUGCAGUGAUUUGCCCUUAGUGCACUUUAAUGUGCUGGUUUUCAGUGCCUUGGCUUUUCAAAGUUUGAUGUUAAAACAUCACUGUGAAAUCUAAUCUAACUGCUUCGUUAAUGUAGAGUAUUAAUCAGUGCAUUAAUCAUGGGAGAGAUUCAGCUAACUAGUCCCUCUAGUGCAGUGCUUCCCAAACGUGGGUCUCCGGCUGUUUUUGGACUACAAUUCCCAUCAUGUGGGAGGGGGGAAGAGGGGGGAUUCUUGUAUCUGGACAGCUGACAACUUUUGCUGAUGGAAUGAUCACCAUGACGCCAUGUUAAAUUCCUGCCCAUAUGUAUGAAAUCUGCACGUUCUGUUAAUCCAUGACUGUGAUUGAUGUGCCUUUGUCAUUUCAGGGGUUUGGGGACUACCAUUUGUCUCCGAGGAAGAAGCCAAUGAGUUCUUAGGACUUAGGAGACAAGCACUUUUUUCAGGCUAUUGGGAUCCAGCUAGCCCCCAGAAUGGCUGGGGUAUGACCAUGGCAGAACAGGUAGUCACAAUUUUCUAAGAUUUCAUGGUGGAGCUUUGAGAGAAGGUCAUUGUGGUUGGGGGGGGGGCAGAGGAUUUGCAUUGCUCACUUGCAGAUUUGAUGGGUGGUGUGGGUCUGCGUGGAUUUCUCUGUCUAAAAAAAUCUGCAACAGUAGCCCUUUUUAGGAGUUCAGAAAUGUGGGUGUCAAAUGUGAAUAGGUCUGGGGGAGAAGUAUCCCCCCUCAGCUUGUUAGAAUGCCUGUCAAGGGCUCCCAGGUUUAUGCAGACAUAGCAGACCUUUACAGACAGAAUCUAAUGAACACAGUAGGUCAGGGAUGAAACCUGACAGCAGGAUCUCACCACCUUUCCCCCUCAAAUCAUGUGUGUCCAUUAUUCACAUUGUGAAUGCCCCCAAAUGCCACCCCCCCAAAGCACCUAACCUCUAUUUAAUUACAUUUAACUUUUAAGUCAUUUCAGUUUUUAAACAAAGGUAUUAUUCCACAAAUUGCCACGAGUUCUGGGAGGUUUAAAACCAUGUUCUAUUGAUGUUACAUAUAUAAUGAAACUAUACCAGGUGGAGUGAGAGGUACUGAUUUUCUUGUCUGUUCGACACUCUCAUACGUGGGUUUUUAGUUUGUCCGUUAAUAUUGUUUGAGAUCUGGAUCUCACAACUCUGGGUCUUAUUGUUAAUGGGCAAAGGGACAGUAUCCAUAAUGCAUGAGGUAUCGUGGUUGAGAAAGGGUUGGUUACAUUAAGAAUGCAAGUACUUUAGCAUUGCUAUGCUAAUAUGGGUGUGGGUGGGUGAGUGAAGUGAAUGACAAUUCUGCCAUGUAAUCCAGUGUUUCUGUUGAGUGUUGGGUUAUCCCCCCCCCCCCAGGGAAACACACUUGAGGGCAGAGCAGGCUGUGAAUUGAUUGUAGCAGCAAAGUUGUGGGAGGGGGCCUUUAAAUGCUUUCCCAUUCCUGGAGGGGGGGGGGAAUCUGAUUCCUGAGGGUGGGUUGUUGCUUCUGGCGUUAAUCAUCUGUUCUCACCAGGCCAGCGAAUACUGGACAUCGCUGAGGACGUCAGCACAGUACUACAUGGAUUUGGGAUCUGUCGCAUUUGAUACCGAUAAAGCCAGGUAAUUUGCAUGUGUGUGAAAUUCAGUCUGUGUGAAGGAAUCUCUGAACCUACUGCAUUCAGUGAAGUGCAUCUUAAAUUCAAAGGCAGGAUAUAAAAUGCCUGAAAGAAAUUUGCAUCGUUUGUGAGUUACUGCUAACAUCAUUGGCCUAGGUGAGCCAGCUUACAAUUCUCUCUGUGUGUUCCUUAGACUUGAUAGAUAGAUGGUAGAUAGAUAGAUAGAUGAUAGAUAUAAAUGAUAGAUUGAUAUAUAGAUAGAUAUGUAGAUGAUAGAUUGAUAGAUAGAUCGAUAGAUAGAGUUGGAAAGGACCACAAGAGUCAUCUAGUCUAACCCUCUGCAAUGCAAGGAAUCUUUUUGCCCAAGGUGGGGCUCCAACCCACGACCCUUAGCUUAAGAGUCUCAUUCUCUACAAACUGAGCUAUCCCACAGGCUCAAGCCAUUCCAUUUACUCUAGACUUGUGCAGGUACAAAGGAAAGGAACGUAGCUCAAUGGUAGAGCAUGUGCUUCGGAUGCAAAAGAGCCAAGGUUCAAUCCUCGGCGUCUCCAGGUGGGUCAGGGCAAGGCGCCAGUCUGAAACCCCCAGAAAAUUGCAGCCAGUCAGUCUUGACAGUACUGAGGUAGAUGGACCAAUGAGCGUGGGUUAGUCUUAUGCAGAUCACGGGUUGUAUCCAACACUGCAUGAACAGUGCUGCACUCAUGCCAUGGGACUUCCACUUCCUCUCCUUUCCUCCUGCACUUACAAAAUGUGCUCUAGAGGGUCCCACAACCCUCUGGAGGAGAUUUUGAGGGUUUGCCUGGGGCUGUAGGGGAGAAAAGCAAAUGUUUCAGUGCUAAACCUUUUGCAGGAGUCUGACAAAGAAAUUCUGAUUACAGGGACCACAUUAACUCUUACAUGGAUCUGUUACGGGAAUCGGGAGCGCAUCUUCAGCAGCAGAAACGUAAACGCCACAUUAUUACACCUGAACCAGUCAUUGACCCUUAUUGUCCAUAAAGUCCAUUGCUUAUGCCAACUUGACUGUCGACACCUCAGAUGAACUGUACUAUCCAAUGGAAAUUCUUUUCACAGGGACCAAAUUAACUCUCAUAUGGAUGUGUUGUGGCAAUCGGGAGCAAAUCUUCAGCAGAGGAAAAGUAAAUCCCAUAUUGUUAUAGUGGAACCAGACAUUGAUCCGAUUCCUCCAUUCAGAGUUUAGUCCAUUGCUUAUGUCAACUUGACUCUAAACUGUAAGAUCAACACCUCAGACAAAUUGUACUAUCUAAUGGAUAUUCGGCAUCCUUUGAGUCAACAGAAACCUCUUCAGAAAGACUUGGAUUAAAACAGGCAUAGGCAAACUUGGUCCUCCAGACCUUUUUGGCCUACAACUCCCAUGAUCCCUAGCUAGCAGGACCAGUGGUCAGAGAUGAUGGGAAUUGUAGUCCCAAAGCAUCUGGAGGGCUGCGUUUGCCUAUGCCUGGAUUAAAAUAACAAGAGCAGAAUCCAUCAGGAAGCCAUCCAUCUUUCUCAGACGUAUAGGAGGUGCCCAAGAGGUUCCUAUUCAUCUCUUGUACAGCUCUUGUUUGCCUCAGGCUGUAGGUCUAGAGCUGCUAAACCCUAUUGUAUCCCACACAUCCAACAGAAUAUAAAAGAACACAACAAAACAUCAAACAUUAAAAGCUUCCUGAUACAGGGUUGCCUUCAGAUGUCUACGGAAUAUCACAUAAUUGUUUAUCGCUUUGACAUCUGACAGGAGCCCGUUCCAAAAGGUGGGCACCAUUACCAAGAAGGUCCUCUUCCUGGUUUCCUGUAACUUCAGUUCCCUCAAUGAGGGAGCCACCAGAAGGCCCUUGGAGCUGGACCUCAGUGUUCAGGCUGAACGAUGGGGGUGCAGAUGCCCCUUCAGGUAUACUGGGCUGAGGCCAUUUAGGACUUUAAAGGUCAGCACCAACACUUUGAAUUGAGCUCGGAAAUGUACUGGGAGUCAAUGUAGGUAUUUUAGGACUGGUGUUAAAUGAUCCCAUUCUUCUUGUAUCUUCAGGAAGUGUUGGUUAUUCUUACCAUCUCUCUGCCAUCUCUUCCUACCCGCAAUCACCACUUUUGUAUUGCUUCCUUCUUUUGUUUGCCUUGUCCUUCCUUCUUCCUGUAUUUACUAUUCCAGCUUCCAUGUCAAAUAUUCAGACAGCAGUUCUGAAACAUUUCCCCUAAAUAACCUACUUGAGAGUUGCUGUUAAUUUCAGUGGACCACUAAUAAACUUUGUUCUAAAAAUUCAAAGCACACACAAGUGCCUUCCUUUAUUAACCAUAAUUUUGCCUCUCUUUUCUAAUGUGAUGGAUGUGUCUGGAUGUGAAUGAGUCAAGUUUUGUGAAGUGGGCUGUAAUGUUUGUCAGCUUUAGCUUUGAGUCAGGCUCAGCAUUCCCUUUGCUUCUGUGUUUGAAAGCAUGCUGGCUGCCCACCUUUCCACAGGACAAUGAUAAAAAGUGCUUCUUCACACCACACAUAGUUAAGCUAUGUAAUUUGCUUUCACAAGCAAUAAUAAUAAUAAUAUUUAUACCCUGCCCAUCUGACUGGGUUUCCCCAGCCACUCUGGGCAGCUUCCAGCACAUAUAAAAACUUAGUAAAAUGUCAAACAUUAAAAACUUCCCAAUAUAGGGUUGCCUUCAGAUGUCUUCUAAAAGUUGUGUUGUUCUUGACAUCUGAUAAGAGGCCAUUCCUCAGGGUGGGCGCCACUGCUGAGAAGGCCCUCUGCCUGGUUCCCCUGUAACCUCACUUCUUGCAGUGAGGGAAACACCAGAAGGCACUUGGAGCUGGACCUCAGUGUCUGGACUGAACAGUGGGGGUGGAGACGCUCCUUCAGGUGAAACUAGAAGUGAAACCUGAAGGAUUUGUUAUAUCCAAGGCAAAAACUAGAUACAACAACAGAUGAGGGCCAAAAUUUCAGCUCUCAUCCCUCCCACUCCUUCUCCAUAAUGUUUCACAGGACCAGUGUGGGGGUUCAUCCUUGUGUGCCUGCUGAGGUCCACAACUCAACAAUCAUUGCUAAUCCAUGGAGCUCCCUGACCUGCUCCUCUUCAUCUUUUUUGUUGUCACACACACUAUGGAAGUGAGCAAUGACAGGAAGGUAGAAGCUUCCACUUGCCUUGCCCUUUUGCUCUGAGCAACCAUGCCAAUUGGGCGGUCCAAAGGUCUGGCAAGCAAAUGAGCAGCAGCGACUGCAGGAAAAGUGGGCUUACUAAAGGCAUCCUAUUCCUACCCAAAAGCCUGGCACUGGCACCUUUGUCCUCUGAUGCUCCACAUGUGCUGGUUUUCCUAUCCAUUCUAUAACACACACACACCUCCAUGUGAAUGUGGAAAGUCACAACGCAGUGAUGUUGCAUUAUGUGUACACUAUCCCUAAACAUUGCGCAGGGACAGGGAAGGAGAAAAAUGGCAGCCUGUUUCUGAUGGUAGCUCUGUCUAGCUCCAGCCUCAGAGAUGUAGCCAUUAGCCCUAGGGCGAAAAAGGCUUCCAGUGGCACCAAUGAGAGCUUUCCCCCCAAUGGUAAUUGCUUUGCCCAGAAAUGGUGCUUGCGUGUUUAAUCUCUGACUCUCUCCUGCAGUGAUUAGGCCUUGUGCCAAGAGUCCUGCAGAAGUGCAACCUGAGUUUGUCUAUCUUAUAACAAAUUUCACUGUUCCCUGAAAAAAGACACCAUGCAACAGAAUAUAUAGCAUCUGAAAUAGCAUUGGAACAGCAGUGACAAAUUAGAUCAUUGGAUUGAGGUUGCAGAGUAGAACAUAACUGCUCUACCAAUCAUAUGUUCAAUAUAAAUAAUGCAUUUAUGCAUGUUCCUGUCUCAUUAUCUUGUGAAAGAACCACUCUUCACUUUCCAGUGCAAUUAUUUGUAUAAAGUCUCCUUAAUGUCACUUGCUAUGCCUAUCUGUUCUUUCUCUUUGCUUGUUCAUUCCAUUGGGAGGACUUCCACAAAUCCUGCCCCACACCCCGGAGUUGAUACUCUGAAGCAGGGCUGAUCACCCUGUGGCCCACCAGAUGUUGGGACUACAUCUCCCAUCCAUCCCUGACCAUUGGCCAUGCUGACUGGGGCUGGUAGGUGUUGGACUUCAACAGCAUCUGGUGGGCCGUAGGUUCCUCAACUCUGCUUUAAAGCAACAAUGGCUAAUCCACAGUUAGAAGAAAUAUCCAGCCUCUAAACUGCUUUGUGGUCCAAUGUGAUUUUGAAUCUGAGCCUCACAAUUUUAUGUUCAGAGCUCGGUAGCGGUAUUCCAGUUAGAAUGUGCACUUGCCCAGGAAUAUUCUGCUAUGAAUUUCAGUAUUGUAAGGAAAAACCCCUGCAGUCUAAAGCCCAAGAAAUAGUUCAGGAUUAGCACCCAUGCCAGAGGGAAAGCUGUGAUUUUCUAGAAGUUGCUGGAUAUGUUAGUACUAAAUAAAAAUAUUUUCCCCCCAUUUAUUUAUUUGCUUACUGUAUUGGUUAAAUUUGCAUCUUGAUUUUCUACCAAGCUAACAACAAAAAUUAGAAAGCAAUAAAAUAUAAUAAAAUACAGUAAAACAGUGGUAUAAUAUAGCCCCUCCCCAAGCAAGGUUAAAUAUCCAUAAUAGCAAUAAAAACAAUCAGGUAAAAGCUAAUUUAGGAUUACUCCUAUGAACAGAGAACAUAAAAUAGACCAGAUCUGUUCAUCCAACACCAUCAUCUCCCCCUCCAUCACUGCUGGCUCCUUCCCUGGGGAGAAGGAUUGUUAAACCAAACAUGGUUGGCACCAUGUCAACCGCACUGCCACCUCCCCUCUCUCCAACUCCCUCGCAGUAAGCAGUAGUAGUGUAACUGACCGGAGGUCAGGUGAGCACUGCCCCCCCACAUCACCCUCUAGUAGAAAUACAGUGGUACCUCAGGUUAAGUACUUAAUUUGUUCCGGAGGUCCGUACUUAACCUGAAACUGUGCUUAACCUGAAGCACCACUUUAGCUAAUGGGGCCUACUGCUGCUGCUGUGCCGCCGGAGCACAAUUUCUGUUCUCAUCCUGAAGCAAAGUUCUUAACCUGAAGCACUAUUUCUAGGUUAGAGGAGUCUGUAACCUGAAGCGUAUGUAACCUGAGGUACCACUGUAUACACAAAUGCAUACACAAAGGGAGAAAGAACGAAUCAAAUAUCAUCAUCAUCAUCAAUACUAAAUUGUGGCUGCAGCUGAAUGCCAGCACACCAUCUAUUACUGUACAGUAUCUGUAUCCAAAUCUAUGUAAUGAAAGGGGAAAGGUUGUAAAAUAGGUUUGACCACCUAAGAAUGCCAAGGAAAAGCCUCCUUAUGGCGAUUUGUUCCAUGUUAAAUGAUCGUGUCAAUCAGGGAUAUAAAUUAUGACUGAGGAAAAAAAAGAAUCUGAUAAUUUGGGAAUUUGUAAUGUACAUGCAUUUUUAUUUUAUUUUUUUGCAGAGACACUUGAUAAAUGUGUAUUAUUUCUGUCAAGGAAGCCUGACAGCAAAGGCAUAUUAUUACAGCCCUCUCUUUAAUACUUGUCAUGCAGGAAAAAUAGGCUUUGAGUCUCGAAGCGACUGUUAAUAUGGGUGAAAUAUUCUACAGCAAUCCCCGCAACUGAUGUGACAUUAUUAAUACAAAUGUUUUGCUAAGAUAAUAGCCACUGCUACUUAUCUGCCAGAGCAAUUAAAAAGUGCUAAUAAAAUAAUAUUGAGAU